AUGGUGAAUCUAGAGCAGCUGCAUCUGGAGGACAUCAUGAGGAAAAGGCUAGAGACACUGAGGAGCUUCCUGAUGCAAUGCAAUAGAAAGGACAGUGAAGCUCAGAGGGAGAAAUUUGAGGAGGAGAACAGGAAGGUGAAGAAAUUUCUGGAGGCAGCUGCUGAGCAACGCCAACAACUGCAGCACAAGCGACAGAGCAUGGUGGCAGAGAUGGAGAUGCUGGACGUCCAGUUUCUCUCAGAAACUUGUAUCAUCUCAGGAGAAGAGGCUGACAAAGAAGAGAUAGAACAUCUUCCACAGGCCUUUCAGGAGCUCUGUCCAGGACCCUAG